UACCACAACAAGUCAGUAAUGUAGCGCUGCAACUGCUGUUUCAAAAACGAUACGAUAGAUAAAAUUUGUCUGUCAGCGUUGAACGUGUCAGCAGGAACAUGAAGAAAACGCAAUAACAAAACUAACCCAGUAGUGUGCUAACAGUAAGUUAAAUUAUCAGAGCAGGAAAAUGUUACCUUGUUUUGCCAUCGGACAUGGAGGAUCUGUACUGCGAUUGUCCGCUAAAAGAAUCGCCGAAGCCACCUUUAGCGCAAAGAAGUUUCAAUCUUCAACCGGCACUGUGAUGCUGGCCAGCCAUAUCAGAUUCAUCUCGGGGUAUCGGGGAGUCAGCUGCAAUCGCCACACCAAUACCAUCAACGCAUACACGGAGGUAGUGCACAGUCAUUCGCCAGUGCUCCAUUGCAGUCGACAACGGCCUAAAAGCGUUCAUAAUCGUCUAUUUUCGAAAACUUCCGUUAUCAGCAGAAGGAUGGUGGUUAAACUGACUGAGGAGCAGCGUACAGAGCAGCUGAAGCCACUGUUUGCUACCGGCUGGACCAUGGUGGAAGGCCGGGACGCUAUCUACAAGGAGUUUCUGUUUGGUGACUUCAACGAAGCGUUCGGUUUUAUGACGAGAGUUGCGCUGAAGGCGGAUAAGAUGGACCACCAUCCAGAGUGGUUCAACGUUUACAAUAAGGUGCAGGUGACGCUCGCUACCCACGAUUGUGGAGGUUUGAGCGAGCGUGAUGUUAAGUUGGCCCAGUUCCUCGACAAGGUCGCCGCUGUUACUAAGUAAAACUAUCGCAGUUAGUUGCUACCCAAUACGGGAGGGAGAGCAAUAAACCUUGUACGCAAGCAGGUUAAAAUUGAAACAGGAAAAAGAAAAACUUUCAGGGCAACAUCCCUCAUAGGUAAUAAAUGCAAUGCUUUCUGAUACGUAUUU